AGGCUCUGCGGCCACUAUCCUCAUCUUCAGGAGACGUAGAUCCGGCACCAUGAAGGCCUUCCUCAUUGCUGGUAUCAUAGCCGGGCUCACGGUUGCAGCUGUAGAAUCCCUGAGCUGCGUGCAGUGUAGUUCGCAGACAGGCUCCUGCGCUAGCACAAAUUCCACUGAGUGUCCCAGAAAUGCCAGCAACAGCUGUACCACUUUCUCCAGCAACUUUUCUCUAGGAGAAAACAGCACAUUGUACGAGGAUUAUGCCUGCUCUGCGGAGAACUGCAGUGAGGGUGUGGUUGAGGCCUUCAGGGUCCACGUAUCUGUUAAUGAAAGCUUCCAGUUUGCCAGCCAGUGUUGCCAAGGGAAUGCGUGCAAUCACACCAAUGCUACCAUAGAUUUCCCACAGAAAGAAGGGUCCAGCACCAUAGAGUGCCCUGCGUGUUAUGGACUUAAUGAAAUUUCCUGUAAUGAGACAACCCGGAAAUGUUAUCAAGAUGAAAGAUGUGUCAAUCUAACUGCAGAAUUUAAUAAUGCGACAAAGCUUGUGCUGAAAGGCUGUUCCAACAUCAGCAACUCCACCUGUGAGUUCCUGUCUACUGAAAAUCGGAUGAUCGGAGGAGUCACUUUCCUAACGUUUCAGUGUGUAGACAGUGCCACCUCAACACCCAGUACCCCCUCAACACCCAGUACCCCUACCUCGACCCCCACCACUAGCGCUGGCUCUAAAGUCUCCUUCACACCCUUGGCCCUUGCCAGCCUUCUCCUGCUGGGGCUGCUGCUCUGA